UAUUGAAAACUAAUACUAAAAUAGUUUAUAAUAAAUGCUUAACAUAUGCAUUUUAUCUGAAUCAGUUGUUAAGUAAAUAUGAAAAUAUUUAACAACACAAUUAUCGAUUAACACAUGUGUUCAUCCUUAUAUUUGACAAUAAUGGAAAAGGAAGAUCAUAAUAAAGUGUUGUGCACCUCGAAGGAGCAAAUCGAGUGCUAUCUCAACUUUGUGCGGGUUCACCCAGAGAUAAAGUUGCAUAAAAACGAACAAUCGCGGCCAAAAAGGGUUGCGGAGCUUUGGGCGGAACUCUCCGUACAAUUAAAUGCCCUAAAUGGGCCCACCCGGAACCCCAACAAAUGGAGAGAGAAUCUGAGCCAUUGGAAAAAACAUAUACGGUCACGUGCAAGGAGAGCCAAGGCAGACAAGCUGGUGACUGGUGGCGGUCCCAGCUCAACAAUUGAGCUUUCUGAAACGGAGCAGAGAGCAUUGGAUACAUUGGGGUCAAUCGCGGUUGAUGGAUUGGCUGAUGUACCAACCAUUGGCACAGAGGAAGAAGUAGUUUUCACAGCUGCACCAUCACCCCUGAAUACGACUUCGGAUGAGUCCAAUGACUGCACUCUGUCGUCGUCUCGUAGCAAAAAAAUGACGACGGACGAGAUGUUCAGAAAUUAUAUAGAUUUAAUGAAAAGAAAAGCUGAGGAGGACAGAGCGUUCCGGAUUCAAACUUUAGAUUCCAUUAACAAACACACGGAAUCUAUUAAUAAUUUAGCGGCAGCGAUAGUGUCGCUUACUCAGACCAUUGUAAAAAAGACAGAAGAUUGUACAAAAAAGUAAAAAAUGUGCUUUUUUAUGUAGUACAUAUAAAUUAUUUAUUUUGAUGUUUUUUGUACAAAAAAGUGAAAGUGAAAAAUAUUCCUUUUUAUGUAUAUGUCAAUUAUUUAUUGUUAUGUUUAUAUAUUCUAUAAAUGAAAUAAAUGAAGUUUGAAUUGAAUUACAUACUCUUA